AUGUCCGGCCCUCCAUAUAUGCCGUGGUUCAAUCAAGGCAAGAUGGCCCAAAUCACCAUUGUUGGAGCAGGCAUCGUCGGCAUGGCCACGGCCUCCAUGCUAUCGCAUCACCACAAGGUCACGGUCGUCGCCAGGAAUCUCCCCGGUGACAAGCCGUCCAUUGAAUGGGCGAGUCCCUGGGCGGGAGUUAGUUUCAUUGCAGGCGGCUGCUCGUCGCCUGCAGAAGCCAAGAUGCAGCUCGACGCGUUUGCGGAAUUGUGGCGGUGGAGCGAUGUGUAUCCAGAGUCGAGUAUCAAGAAGAUCCCCAUUGAGGACUUCCAUGACGAUAAGACGGAAGAGGACAUCUGGUGGAAGGAUUAUAUGCCUGAGUUUCGCUUCCUGCCCCCUGAGAGUCUACCAAAAGGCGCCAAACUCGGGACAGCAUACAAAAGCCUGAUCCUCAACCCAGACAUAUUCCUCCCCUGGCUCCGUCAGCGCCUCGAAGGCACGGGCGUGCAAUUCAAGCGCAUGACGCUGACCUCCCUAUCCGAAGCCCGGUCUCUAGGCCACGACGUGCUCAUAAACGCCACGGGCUUUGGAUCGCUAACUCUGAACGACGUGCGCGACCAGAGCGUGGAGCUGAUCCGCGGCCAGACUAUGCUUGUCAAGAGCAACUACGAUAAGCUGUUUAUGCGUGAUACGGGCGAUACUUAUACAUAUGUGAUACCGCGCUUAGACGGGACUGCUGUCCUUGGUGGGACGAGGCAUAAGGGUUCUGUUGAUCCGAACCCAGAUUUGGAUCUAUGUCAAGAUAUCGUGAACAGGGUCAACAAGAACCUACCGAGCCAUUUCUCAAAUAAUUUACAAGACUAUCAAAUUGUCAGACACAAUGUAGGCAUCCGGCCAUCCCGGGUCAACGGUAUACGAGUCGAGAGAGAGGUCAAGGAUGGGCAGAAGAUUGUCCACGCGUACGGUGUCGCUGGCGGAGGAUACAUCUUCAGCUUCGGGAUUGCGCGUGCUGCCAGGGAUCUUGUUGAGGGCUAUCUCUUCCCCCACCAUCCUGCGAAGCUGUAG